AUGAUUAGUGUUUUGCUAAAAGUGAUACUACACAGUCUUUUCUAUCGUGAUUCGAUAGAGGAACAAUUUACUGGAGAGUCUUUGUUUUUCUUUAAAACCCAGUGUAACAAGACCAUAUUUGUUUGCUCUGUAUCGUCUUCUACUUUCCUUUCUUCUUCUUCUUCUUCUACCUUCCUUUCUUCUUCAUCUUCAUUCCUUUCUUCUUCAUCUACCUUCCUUUCUUCUUCUUCUACCUUCCUUCCUUUCUUCUUCUUCAUCUACCUCUCUUUCUUCUUCUUCUACCUUCCUUUCUUUUACUUCUUCAUCUACCUUUCUUCUUCAUCUACUUUCCUUUCUUUUCCUUCUACAUCUGUUUCUUCUUUUUCGUCAUCUAUCUUCCUUCCUCCUUUUUCUCCUACUUUUCUUUCUUCUUCUUCUUCAUCUACCUUCCUUUCUUCUUCUUCUACCUUCCUUUCUUUUUCUUCUUCUAACUUCCUUUCUUCUUCAUCUACCUUCCUUUCUUCUUCUUCUUCUUCUUCUUCUUCUUCUUCUUCUUCUACCUUCCUUCCUUUCUUCUUCUUCAUCUACCUUCCUUACUUCUUCUUCUUCAUCUACCUUUCUUUCUUCUUCUUCUAUCUUCCUUUCUUUUACUUCUUCAUCUACCUUUCUUCUUCAUCUACUUUCCUUUCUUUUCCUUCUACUUCCGUUUCUUCUUUUUCGUCAUCUAUCUUCCUUCCUCCUUUUUCUCCUACUUUUCUUUCUUCUUCUUCUUAUACCUUUAUUCCUUCUUCUUCUUUCCUUUCUUCUUCUUCUUGUCUUUUUUUCUUCUUCUACCUUCCUGUCUUUUUCUAUCGCUUCUCUUUUACUUUUUUCAUCAUUCGAAUAUGA